AUGACAGAAACCAAAGAGGUCAAGCCUAAGAAAGGAUGGUCAAAUCCAGCAUUAAGAAUGAUGGGAAUACCUAGAAUCUCAUUGCCUUCAAGAAAUUGGAUGAUUUUUUGGACUGUUGUAUCAACGUUUGGUGGUGCAUAUGCUUAUGAUAGAUACGAACAAAAACAAAUCAGAAAGAAAUGGAUGGAAGCAGUUCAGCAUUAUGGUGAGAUCACAUAUGGAGUAGAUAAAUUACCUCGUAAAUUGACUGUCUAUAUUGCACCAGCACCAAAUGAUUUUUUGGAUGAUUCCUUAAAGUUGUUUAGAAAAUGUAUCAAGCCCGUUUUAAAUGCCGGUGUUCUUGAUUUUGAAAUAUUCAGUGAAAGUAGACAAGGUGAUAUCAGAUCUACUGUUGCUGAAAAAAUUCGUGAAUUAAGAAGAAAUAACAUUCCUGUUGCUGAAAGUAAACUGGAAGAAAAGAACUCACAAACUAACGAAGAACCAGAAUAUAAGAGCCGAGCUGAUUUAUAUAAAGCUAAGGAUGUUCUUGGUUUGUACAAAGUCUUUCCAGGUACUAUAGAAAUUGAAUCAGAAGAUUCCGUUGAGGACGUUUCACCAGGGGGUAUUAUCUGUAUUGGUCGUGGGGCUUAUAAGGAAUACAUGACUGGGGUCCAUGAAGGAUUAUUGGGUCCACUUGAGAAGCCGGAAAAUGUUAAAGAGGAAGAAGAAAAAAUUGAAUUGGAAAGGAAAAAGAAAAAGGAAGAAAAUCCUGACGAUGAUGAAGAUGAUCCAAAUGCCAAUUUGAAGCCGGUUCCUUUACAAUAUAUUAAACCUAAAGACUAUGCAAUUUCUCAGUUAGCACCAGAACUUGAUAUGACUACUGUGAUAAAGGAUAAGAAUGGGGUACCAGUUUUCUUUGAACAACCAGUCUAUGUUUAUCCGUUACCAAAUGUAGUUGGCUUCACCAACAUUCCAAGAAAAUUAUACAAUUGGUUUACUCAGCGUUUCCUUGUUGAAGACUUUGGACAAAGAACAGCAACAAUUGUUGAUAACAAAACCAGACCAUUUGUUUAUAAAGAUGUUUUAAUGGCUAAAGAAGAAGAAUUCAACUGGCCAAAGAAAUGGGUUGCUACAGGUAAAGAACGUGGUUCUGAAUGGGUUCAAGAGUUGGAAUGCGAUGAACGUGUCACUUCAAGAAUGAAAGUUUUUGAAUAA